CGAUCUGCCUGCGCUCAUCAUCGUCCACUUUUCUCAGGUUUUCCCUACUCGCUCUUGUUUUUCAACCAUUACAAGCCGCUCUCCACUACGACUCCCAGCUUUCCAUCUCUCACAUCGAUCCACAAUCCCAGCCAUGUCUCGGCAAGAAGCUCAGCCCUACGACCACGCCCUCGACGUCCGCGAUCUCACAUAUUCUUGGAAAGAGGGAGAUGAUCCCGUCCUCCAAGGGGUGGAGAUACAGCUGAAGAAAGGGGAGAGAUGUCUGCUUCUCGGCGCGAAUGGAGGUAUGUCGCGUCUACAGGGGAUGGUCCACUGUCGAUCGAUGUCAUCUGCUGGAUCCGAUAUGGGGCAUGGGCUACAGCAGCGGAUCUGGAUGGAGCCUCAAUCGUGUCUAUAUGAGUAUAGGAUGCUAAUAGUAGUAUGCCAUGUUAGCCGGAAAGUCGACACUGCUCAGAAUUCUGGCCGGUAAACGCUUGACCAAGACGAAGCACUGCCGGAUCCUCGGACAAGAUGUCUUUAUGAACCCUCCCGGUGGCGUGGUCUAUCUGGGCACAGAAUGGUCUACCAACCCCGUCGUGCGCUCCGAUAUCGUCGUUUCUCAUUUCCUCGACUCUGUCGGUGGUUAUCGUCACAAAGCGCGACGAGACCGUCUAUUAGCGCUCCUGGAUGUCGACUUGGACUGGCACAUGCACCAGAUCUCUGACGGCGAGCGAAGACGUGUGCAGCUCUGUAUGGGGCUCAUGGGCGAGUGGGACGUCCUUCUUUUGGACGAAGUUACCGUCGACCUGGAUGUACUCGUGAGGGCAGACUUGAUCGACUUUUUGAUUUCGGAAAGUGAGGAGCGGGGAGCCACUAUCGUCUAUGCGACGCAUAUCUUUGACGGUCUCAAGAAGUUCCCCAACAAGAUCUGCCACAUGCAGCUCGGUGGCACCCCUCGCGGUCUCAUCCCAUGGCCCCCUCUCCACGCCGACAAAGAUGUCGGACAAGAGGAUCUGUUCACGUUGGCGCUGGGAUGGUUGAGGGAAGACAGAGAUCUUAGGAGGGAGGCGGAGAAGGCCAAGGGGAAGGUGAGGGGGCCGAAGACUGAUACGAAGGAUAGAGUGGCUUUCUACGAGAAGUACGAUUACUCCCACUAGAGUCUGCAGACUAUAGACAUCUCUGUCACCUGCUGUAGACAACAUAAUUCAACAUCAUGUUCAAUUAUCUCUGUUGUUUGUGCAUCAACUGCAUGGUCCCUUAUUAUGGCACCAAUCUACUGCUGCAUCAUCUUCCAACUGCCAAGCCGCACGAACGUGACUGCCAUGCUUAAUAUUCUCAUACUCCCUGAAGCUCUGCCAUCACAAGCCGCUCUCUGUGCUCGACUGCAGAGUGCCUCGACGUGAAAGCCGAAAGCAAGAGGAGAUGUGCGCAGGAACCAAACGGUCAGGGUCCGGCAGAGUCACGUCAUAAUGGUCCAAGGCACACCCGUCUUUCACAAGCUCGUAUUUUUUCGAGGAUUCAGCCGCGCUCGAGCUGUCGAAGGGGUGUUGACGAGGGAGGUAUGCAUGGAGGGCGAGUAUGGCAGAGGCUGGGGGGAUGGCGAGGAGGGGUCAGCGACCCACGCG